AUGAUGCACGUGCGGCCCCGCAGCCCCAGCGUCGACCCCGAGCCCUGCUGGCCACCGCAGCCACAAGGACCCAGCCCUGCCAAGCGCCGCCGCCUCCACGAGCCCGCCCGCCACGAGCCCCUGGCGCCGCCAGACAUGGAAGCGCCCGCCCGACCCGCCAGCGACGCGCUCACCUCCGUGGUGUUCCUGGCCGCUGGCUGCGCCAUGCAACUGCAGCUGGAAGACGUCGACCUGCUGCUGGAGCCAGAGCCCACCUCGGUCCUGCAAGUGUCGCUCCCUGGACACACUUUAAUCCUCGUCCCCGAGGGCCUCCAGUCUUCCGCCCAUCUUGGACAGCCUGAGUUCUCGUCCACCAGCCCGCAGGAGGCGUCUGUCCUGGAAAUGCCCCAGGGCCACCUCGUCGUCCUCCCGCAGGAAUCCUUCUGUGAGUACGUCUUAGACAGCUCCUACCAAGAGGAUGCCUGUGAUGAAGAUGCAGACUUGGGCUUCCUGUUACCUUGGAUUGAUCCUCCAGCAGGUCAGGCCUCAGGGCUCCUUUCCUCCAUCAUUAGGAUGCCCAGUCCUUGGUCUCAGGGCCGCAUCCCAGAACCAUAUCCUCCGGUACCCUCCUCUAAUACAGAGAGAUAUUCUCCCAGGUCUAUCUGGGACCUGGACAGCUACCUGCUGGGACCCUUCCCUAGCUCACCACUGCAGUCUCUGCCUCCAUCUCCUCCUCCAAGUCCUCAAGAACAGCGCCCUCCACAGUCUCCACACUCUCCACGGCCCCCGUGCAAGGCCCGGAGGCGACUGUUCUCUGAGUGA